GGCCCCACGAGAAAUCAUACGGAGGGCUCCGCAGAGUUGCGAACUAGAUUCUUGCAGCUCUGUGUUGUGUGCAUUUGAGCAAUAACCGGCAGGAUAUCCUUGAGUAGCGAGAAGAACCUCAUUGUCCAUCUCGACUGUGUUCCCCAUCAAAGCUCUACUCCCCAGAAAAUUUCACAGCAAAAUGUCUUCCGAGUCUUUAGAAGGUGUUAAAUCACCCGCACAAUGUGUCGGUCCUGAUUACCGCCCCGAGAAACCUAUUGCAACGGUUUCAACUCCAGUCUCCUUCGAGAAUGUUCACACAUUACCUCAAACCCCGCAGCUUAUUGCUCUUCUCACCAUGAUCCGAGACAAGAAUACGCAGCGAGCCGAUUUCAUAUUUUACUCGAACCGAAUUAUUCGUUUGCUGGUUGAGGAAGGUCUUAAUCAUCUACCAGUGGUAGAGCACACGAUCACUACCCCAGUUGGUCGAACCUAUGCAGGAGUCCAAUUCCAAGGAAAGAUAUGUGGUGUUUCCAUUAUGAGAGCUGGUGAAGCUAUGGAGCAGGGGCUACGGGAUUGCUGUCGUUCCGUGCGAAUUGGCAAAAUAUUGAUACAAAGAGACGAGGAAACCUCAUUGCCUAAGCUCUUUUAUGAUAAACUUCCAGAAGAUAUUGCCCAGCGUUGGGUGUUGCUUCUUGACCCAAUGUUUGCUACAGGUGGAUCUGCAUCAAUGGCAGUAGACGUUUUGAUUUCUCGAGGAGUUCCAGCAGAGAGAAUUCUGUUCUUGAACUUGAUAGCAAGCCCAGAAGGCAUCGAGUCCUUCGCUAAGAAGUACCAGAAGGUUAGAGUGGUAACAGCAUUUAUUGAUCAGGGUCUCGACGAAAAGAAUUAUAUUGUCCCAGGCCUUGGUGAUUUUGGCGAUAGAUUCUAUACCAUGUAGAAGGUUCGGGUUCCAAUGUCUCCUUAAUAUUCUAGCUAUCUACCA